ACCCCAUUCGACAAAUUCAACUUCUUUCAGUAUGUGCUCUUCUCCUUCUCGGCAAUGGCAGCGGUCCACACGGUGGGGAAAUAGAGCGGUUGCGGGUUUGGGGAACGGCAGCAGCGGCCAGAAAUUAGUUGGUGGAUAGGACGGCAAAAGGUCAGUGAUUAGGGAAUUGGAGUUAGGGGUACAAAAAUCAAUUCAGUUUGGUUUAGGGGCGAUUUUUUUUUAAAUUUAGAGCGACCAAUAGCGAUUCAGUUAAUAAGGGAUCUCGAAUUCGGCCUCUCACCCCGAGGGAACGCUGAUCGCAAGCAGUUCUCCGAUUUUGGUGGGUUUGCAAUGUCGUCGGCGACCGUAGAGCUGAAGCUUUCCAAGUCCAAUCGCAUCUACCGCCCUUCUGAAACGCUGGAGGGGAAGAUAGUGGUGAAGUCACCGUCUUCGUUUUCUCACUAUGGAGUUCGCCUUGGCAUCAAUGGAUCCGUUAACUUGCAGGUUUUGAAGCUCACAGUUAGAGGAGGAACGGCUGGAAUUAUCGAGUCCUUCUACGGCGUUGUCAAGCCCAUUCCGAUUGUGAACAAGAUCAUCGAAGUAAAGCCUUCUGGAAAGAUUGCUGCUGGCACAACGGUGAUCCCAUUUUCAGUAAAUCUGAAGCAGCACGGAGAAAACUUUGAGAAAUUUUACGAGACUUACCAUGGAAGAGAUAUUAAUAUCCAGUAUUUGAUUACUGCAGAUGUGAUGAGGGGAUACCUGCAGAAGUCAUUAUCCGCUACCUUGGAGUUCAUAGUUGAGACUGAUAAAGUUUAUCUUCUUGAGCGACCAGUUUCACCUGAGAUGGCAAUCUUUUACAUCACUCAAGACACGCAAAGACAUCCAUUACUUCCGGAGCUGAAGUCAGGUGGGUUCAGGGUAACUGGAAGAAUGGGCACUCUCUGUUGUUUGUCAGAGCCCAUCAGUGGUGAGUUAACCGUAGAGGCAUCUUCUGUCCCCAUUUGCUCCAUUGAUGUCCAUCUAUUCCGUAUCGAGUCUGUGCUGGUGGGAGAAAAAAUUGUGACUGAGACCUCUUUGAUUCAGACCACACAGAUAGCAGAUGGAGAUGUCUGCCGUAACAUGACUUUGCCCGUCCAUGUUAUCCUCCCCCGACUUUUGACAUGUCCAACUGUCUUUGCCGGGCCAUUCUCAAUCGAAUUCAAAGCAUCCAUAGUGAUCAACUUUGAGUCAGAGCUCUCCAAGUUGCACAAAAAGUCUGAUCCAGCAGUUCCAAGGCUAUGGACGGCUGUAGAAACUCUACCGUUGGAACUUGUCAGAACGAAAUGAAGGGGCGAAGGAGAGAGGUGGAUAUGCUUGCCAGUGGUAUGCCCCCCCAGAAUCAAACGGCAUUCUAGUUUGCAAUCGUGUUGCUGGA